GCGGCGGCCUCGGCGCUCUCGCGAGAGGACCCGCCAGGCCGGGAAACAUGGCGCCUCCCAGCCCGCGAGAGCCCGCGGCCCCGGCGGACACGAGCGCGGCGCAGCCCGACGGGGAGAUGGUGCUGCCGGGCUUCCCGGACGCGGACAGCUUCGUGAAGUUUGCCCUUGGGUCGGUGGUGGCAGUGACCAAGGCAUCCGGGGGCCUACCACAGUUUGGUGACGAGUAUGAUUUCUACCGAAGUUUUCCCGGCUUCCAGGCAUUUUGCGAAACACAGGGAGACAGGUUGCUUCACUGCAUGAGUAGGGUAAUGCAGUACCACGGGUGUCGAAGCAACAUUAAGGACCGAAGUAAAGUGACAGAGUUGGAGGAUAAGUUUGAUUUACUAGUUGAUACCAAUGAUGUCAUUCUGGAAAGAGUGGGUAUUUUACUGGAUGAGGCAUCAGGUGUGAAUAAGAAUCAACAGCCUGUCCUCCCGGCAGGACUGCAGGUUCCCAAAACAAUAGUGUCCAGCUGGAACCGUAAGGCAGGAGAAUAUAGCAAAAAAACAAAAUCUGAAACUUUUCGGUUGCUUCAUGCAAAAAACAUCGUCCGGCCUCAGCUUAAAUUCCGAGAAAAGAUCGACAACUCCAACACUCCGUUUCUUCCCAAGAUCUUCAUCAAGCCCAAUGCUCAGAAACCCCUCCCUCAGGCACUCUCGAAAGAAAGGAGAGAGCGCCCGCAGGAUCGUCCGGAGGACCUGGAUGUCCCCCCUGCCCUGGCUGAUUUCAUCCAUCAACAGAGAACCCAGCAGGUGGAGCAGGACAUGUUUGCACAUCCUUACCAGUAUGAACUAGAUCACUUCACUCCUCCAGAGUCAGUCCUUCAAAAGCCACAACCCCAGUUAUACAGGCCUGUGGGAGAGACGCCCUGCCAUUUUGUGUCCUCCCUGGACGAACUGGUGGAGCUUAAUGAAAAGCUCUUGACUUGUCAAGAGUUCGCGGUAGACUUAGAGCACCACUCAUACAGGAGCUUCCUGGGGCUGACCUGCCUGAUGCAAAUCUCCACCCGAACAGAAGAUUUCAUUGUCGACACCCUGGAGCUUCGAAGCGACAUGUACAUCCUCAACGAGAGCCUCACAGACCCCACCAUCGUUAAGGUCUUCCAUGGUGCCGAUUCAGACAUAGAAUGGCUACAGAAAGACUUCGGAUUGUACGUAGUGAACAUGUUUGAUACCCAUCAGGCAGCGCGCCUGCUUAACCUGGGCCGGCACUCCCUGGACCAUCUGCUCAAACUCUACUGCAGUGUGGAAUCGAACAAGCAGUAUCAGCUGGCCGACUGGAGAAUACGACCUCUGCCUGAGGAAAUGCUCAACUACGCCCGAGAUGACACCCAUUACCUGCUUUACAUUUAUGAUAAAAUGAGGCUGGAGCUGUGGGAGCGAGGCAACGAGCAGCCUGUCCAGCUGCAGGUGGUGUGGCAACGCAGCAGGGACAUCUGCCUCAAGAAAUUCGUCAAACCUCUCUUCACGGAUGAGUCCUACCUUGAACUGUACAGGAAGCAGAAAAAGCAUCUCAACACCCAGCAGUUGACGGCCUUUCAGCUGCUGUUUGCCUGGAGGGAUAAAACAGCUCGUAGGGAAGAUGAAAGUUACGGAUACGUACUGCCAAACCACAUGAUGCUAAAGAUAGCUGAAGAACUGCCCAAGGAACCUCAGGGUAUCAUAGCUUGCUGUAACCCUGUUCCACCUCUUGUGCGGCAGCAGAUCAAUGAGAUGCAUCUUUUAAUCCAGCAGGCUCGAGAGAUGCCCCUGCUCAAGUCCGAAGUCGCAAGUGGCGUGAAGAAGAGCGGCCCACUGCCCGGUCCCGAGAGAUUGGAGAAUGUUCUCUUUGGACCCCACGACUGCUCCCACGCCUCUUCGGACGGCUACCCUAUGAUGCCAAGCAACGGGCCUGUGCCAGCGCAGAAACAGGCAAGCCUCUUCCCUGAGCGAAGAGAAGAGGAGGCCCUGCCAGAUACCGGAUGCCUCAUCGCCACUGCCGUCAUCACACUAUUUAACGAACCCAGUGCUGAAGAGAGCGGGAAGAGCCCAUUAACAGUUGCACAGAAGAAAGCCCAGAACAUAAUGGAGUCCUUCGAAAAUCCGUUUAAGAUGUUCCUGCCUUCCCUCGAACACCGUGCUCACGUUUCUCAGGCAGCAAAGUUUGAUCCUUCGUCAAAAAUCUAUGAAAUCAGCAACCGUUGGAAGCUGGCAAGCCAGGUACAGGUACACAAAGAACCUAAAGAAACUGCCAAGGAGAAGGCAGCGGAGCAAACAGCCGCCCGGGACCAGGCCAAGGAAGAGUACAGAGCGACCGUGGAGCAGGCCGUGUCUGUCCGACAGCAGGCUGCCCUAGAAAGUGCCGCCAAGAAGAGGGAGCGAACCACAAGUGACCCGAGGACCACAGAACAGAAACAAGAGAAGAAACGACUCAAAACUGCUAAGAAGCCCAAAGACCCAGAUCCGCCAGAAAAAGAUUUCACCCCUUACGACUACAGCAAGUCGGACUUCAAGGCUUUUGCUGGAAACAGCAAAUCCAAACCUUCUUCCCAGUUUGAUCCAAAUAAGCAGACCCAGCCCGGCAAGAAAUGCGCCGCACCCAAAAAACUUAAACAGUCGGGAAACAAAAGCAUGUCCUUUCCAACCGGAAAGUCAGACAGGGGUUUCAGGCACAGUUGGCCAAAGAGAUAGUGUUGGAGGAGACCCUUGGAAUUCCCCAGUGGACCGGAUGCACCAAAUGGUGGUGCUGGUUUUGUACAGACUCAUUUUCAAGCCAUUAAAAAUAAUUCUUACUGGAAGAA